AUGACGAGCACAACCACCUCAAACGGUCAUCCACCAUCAUGGCUCACCUCACUUGCCCCGUCCAACGCAGCAUGCAUUCAGCGCUUGCUCGCACUCCCGCCUGCACCCUCAUUCACGCACGUUCCCACACGUAAGCAAGCCGCCGUCGCCGCGAUCCUCUACGAGUCCUCCUCCACCAAACAGCUUCGAGUGAUCAUGUCCACGCGUGCCCUGCACCUGCGCUCGCAUCCGGGCCAGGCAUCGCUCCCUGGCGGGAAAGUCGACGGUACAGACGCCGACGUCGUUGAAACCGCUCUGCGCGAAAGCGUCGAAGAGAUCGCACUACCCGCCGAGCUGGCGGUACACCUGCACACGGGCUAUCCGUUUCUCAGCAAGAUGGGUCUGCUCGUGCAUCCCGUAGUCUUCUUCUUGAGGGGUGUGGGCGAUGAGGUGUUGCGCAAGUUGGUGGCGUCGCCGUCAGAGGUAGCGGAUAUCUGGUCGUUCCCGUUGCAGGCUGUGCUGUCGUCGACCGCGCCUGAAGGCCUCGAGCUGUCACCUCCGCAAAGCGUGGACAAGCAUAGACCGCCCCAAGAGGCGUUCAGAACGUACACGGAUAUCCCCUGGCUCGGUUCGAAGUACCGCCUGCACCGCUUCCGAUCGAGUCGCCAGCUGAUCAAAGGCUUGACCGCCGACGUGCUCAUCAGUGUCGCUCAGAAGGCGUAUGGUCGCAAGGCCGCGUAUGCAGUGGAUGCGGAGGGGCAGAGAAGCUGGGCGGAGAUGGUCGAGUUGGUAGUGCGCAAGUAUAUGGGUCCCCAGAGGGCCGAGCAGCGAUGGGGCGACGGAGAGAGCGGCGAUGUGCAGGGCAGCUCCGAGGCGUACGAGACGCAUAUAGGGUACGAUGACCAACGAGAAGCGCUCAGGGAGGAAUUGGAACAGGAUGUGAGUGUCUAG